AUGGCACAUUCCGGAACCUCCAGCGAUAUCGCUACCGAUCCUGUUCCUGAGCAAGAUAUCGCCGACAGCCUCUCUUGGCAGCACGUCCUCUUCCCUGAUGGACACCUCGCAUCCCGGGCCUCCAGCUUCGGGUCGCUCAAGUCGUUGGUGGAGAGCAGCUCGGAGGAAGAGGAAGCCGAUCACGAGCACCAGGAGUUCUCUGAGACUAGCAAGUGUGAAGAACAAGGAGCGGCUCGUAAUCAUGGAGUCAGAGAUAGCUGCAUGGUUUCGUGCAGUCGGGCAGGUUACAUGCAUGACUGCCAGGAUGGGCUAGUACAGGGGCCUCUGAAAAAGUACAUCUCACUUCCAAGGAACUUCAAAUUCGAAAAACGUAGACCAAGAUAUGCGAUCAAAGUUGAAGGAGAGCAGGGAAUGCUCCUAAGAGCACUAGAACAUGCCAUGGUAAAACGACAGGGUUUGGAUCUCAAUGAUGUCGGAGUUAACGCGUAA